CUCCUGCCGCUGGGCACCUGCUUUCCUCUACCAGACACAAGAGGACCCACAGACGCCCUGGGUAGCAUCGGAGUCGGAGUGAACUGGGCCAGCCUGGCCGAGGGGCCCCAUCCCCACUCCAUGUGGGGCUCUUCUCGGUGGUCGAAAGAUCCACGACCACAGGCCCUGCUUGUCGAGGCCAAGGGGCUGUGGACAAUGGGCAGAGAGCAUGCUGGCUUUAGGUUCCGCUUUGGGAGGCAGGACGAGGCGGCCAGUGUCCUGUUAGGGAACCUGGCUGAGGAGCUCAAGGGCUACAGCAGGAAGACAGGUGGCUUCCGCUUCCACUUUGGCCGGCAGUAA